CCGCCGCUCUGGGACUCCCGUGCAGCUCCGACUCAAUCUUGGCUGCGACUCUGCUCUUGCGUUCCUCGCGUGUCGCUUCUGUCGGGUCCGAGGCCCGGCUCCGCCAUGAGCCGGUGCGCCGAGGCGGCCGCCGUGGCGGCCACGGUGCCGGGCGCGGACGUCAGGAUCGCGGCGCUGCGGCCGCCGAGGGUGCCCCGCCAAGCGUCCUUCUUCCCGCCCCCCGUGCGCAACCCCUUCGUGCAGCAGACGCGGUUGAGCACAGCGAGACGCGUCCAGACUUUCUGCCUUGGAAUUUUCCUGCUUCCCAUUCGUGCCUUAUUCGUUGCAAUAGUUUUGAUACUGGCAUGGCCGUUUGCUGCAAUUGCAACCCUGUGCCGUCCUGAAAAGCCAACCCACCCAGUCACCGGUUGGAGGAGGAAACUCACUCAGCCAGUUUUGAAGUUUCUGGGCCGUGCCAUGUUCUUCUCAAUGGGAUUUAUAGUGACUGUGACAGGAAAGAUCGCGGACCCCGGGGAAGCGCCCAUCUUGGUCGCCGCCCCUCAUUCAUCCUUCUUCGACGGGAUCGCCUGCGUCGUAGCGGGGUUACCUUCCCUGGUUUCUCGAAAUGAGAACGUGCAGGUCCCUCUGAUUGGCAGACUGUUACGGGCGCUGCAGCCGGUGUUGGUAUCCCGCGUAGAUCCGGAUUCCCGGAAGAACACAAUAAACGAAAUAAUCCGGCGAGCCACCUCGGGAGGGGAGUGGCCCCAGAUACUAGUUUUCCCAGAAGGUACUUGUACUAAUCGCUCCUGUUUGAUUACUUUUAAACCAGGAGCCUUCAUCCCGGGAGUCCCUGUGCAGCCAGUCCUCCUCCGAUACCCAAACGAGCUGGAUACUGUGACUUGGACUUGGCAAGGAUAUACAUUCUUUCAGCUUUGUGUGCUCACCUUCUGCCAGCCCUUCACAAAAGUCGAAGUUGAGUUUUUGCCUGUCCAAGCACCAAGUGAUGAAGAAAAAAGAGACCCUGUCCUUUUUGCUGGUAGAGUCCGGAAUUUGAUGGCCCAAGCGCUGGGAAUUCCAAUGACUGAGCACACGUACGAAGACUGCAGGCUGAUGAUUUCAGCGGGACAGCUCACGCUGCCUAUGGAAACCGGGUUGGUGGAGUUUACCAAAAUUAGCCGGAAAUUGAAAUUAAAUUGGGACAGUGUCCGUAAGCAUUUGGACGAGUAUGCAGCUAUUGCAAGUUCCUCAAAAGGAGGAAGAAUUGGAAUUGAAGAAUUUGCUGAGUAUCUGAAGCUUCCUGUUUCUGAUGUGCUGAGACAACUUUUCGCACUCUUCGACAGGAACCACGAUGGCAGCAUCGACUUCCGGGAGUACGUGAUUGGCCUGGCCGUCUUGUGCAACCCCGCCAACACCGAGGAGAUCAUCCAGGUGGCAUUUAAGCUCUUUGACGUGGACGAGGACGGCUACAUAACGGAGGGGGAGUUUUCCAGCAUUCUGCAGGCUUCCCUCGGGGUGCCCGACCUCGACAUCUCUGGUCUCUUCAAGGAAAUAGCCCAGGGGGAUUCUGUGUCCUAUGAGGAAUUUAAAAGUUUUGCCCUAAAGCAUCCGGAAUAUGCGAAGAUAUUUACAACGUACUUAGAACUCCAGGCAAGCCAUGUGUUUUCAUUGCCCGAGGAAGACCAGGCGCCUCCCCACGAUGCGAGCAAUAAAGUCAGUCCUGAAAACCACGACGACGAGAGUCCCUCAGACAAGAAAGAGGACUGAAAGCAAGUGUCCCCAGUAAGAAACACAGAGUGGCUUUAACUCGACACGGUGAAGGCAUUUAUCGAGAGUAUUGUAAAUAAGAUUUAUUGAGUAAUGAUCAUGUGUAAAGUGGAAAGCUUUUUUAUAAAAAUGGUAGACUUUAUUAAGAUACUUUUAUUCACAUGU